AUGUCAAGCUGCAACAGCCCCGGGGGCCCUGCUGCCCUGGACUUUCCAGAAGUCCUGAAGUCCCUGCUGGAGUACUCCUUACCCUGGACCAACAAGAUGACAGAUAAAGAGAAGGAGAAGAUAAAGCUAGAGGAAGAUGAGGCAGCAGCUGCCAGCACUAUGGCAGUCUCGGCUUCCCUUAUGCCACCCAUAUGGGACAAAACUAUUCCUUAUGAUGGCGAGUCUUUCCACCUGGAGUACAUGGAUCUGGAUGAGUUCCUGCUGGAGAAUGGAAUUCCUUCCAGCCCUACUCACCUGGAUUUGAACCAGAAUCCACUCUUGCCUGUGGCUGAGCUGGAAGGAAAGGAGUCUGCCAGUGCUUCCACUGGUUCUCCCGCAUCAUCCUCUUCCACUGCAGUUUACCAGCAAUCUGAAGCAGCCUCCAGCACAGAGUCUCCCCCACAAAAUGAGAGAAAUACUCCCAGCCCCAUUGAUCCUGACUGCGUAGAAGUUGAGGUGAAUUUUAACCCUGACCCUGCUGAUUUAGUGCUGUCCAGCGUGCCUGGUGGUGAGCUCUUCAAUCCUCGCAAGCACAAGUUUACUGAAGAGGACCUGAAACCACAACCAAUGAUUAAAAAAGCCAAGAAGGUUUUUGUCCCAGAUGAGCAAAAGGAUGAAAAAUACUGGACCAGGCGGAAGAAGAACAACGUGGCAGCCAAGCGCUCGCGCGACGCUCGGCGGUUGAAGGAGAACCAGAUCACCAUCCGGGCAGCCUUCCUGGAGAAGGAGAACACAGCCCUGAGGACGGAGGUCGCGGAGCUGCGCAAGGAAGUGGGACGGUGCAAGAACAUUGUUUCUAAAUACGAGACCAGAUACGGACCCUUGUAAGCACACCCCCUUUUCCUUGUUAGGGCUCCUCGGUUUAGCCUUCUCUGCCUUCUGUAGAGACUCCCAGAAAUAAAGU